GGGGUGCGCCGGAAGAGAGAACCGCAUCGCUUCCGGGUGGGGACGGUGAUGGCGGGGCUGUCCCGUACCCUCGGGAUUUUCGGCGGGUUCGUGGCCGUGGUGGGGGCGGCGUUUUACCCCAUCUACUUUCGGCCGCUGCUGAUGCCGGAGCAGUACAAGAAAGAACAGUCAAUAAACCGAGCUGGUAUUGUUCAAGAGGAAAUUCAGCCUGGAGGGUUAAAAGUGUGGUCUGAUCCGUUUGGAAGAAAGUAACGUCGGCAGCUGGGUGCCUUGCAAAGCAAAACUGAAGAUGGACAUCUUCAGCUGUUUUCUUCUUUCCCUGAAGUGUGUCUUUGGAGAAGAAUUCUGAACGUGCUGUGCGAGCACGUGAGGAGCGACAGACGCUACUGGCUGGAAUCCCAAGAGAUAAAAAUGUGCUAGUUUUGACCAAGGAUGCUGGGACAUAGUGCACGGACUGGUAGAAAGCUGAGUGAUUCUUGAGUUUAGAAGUGAAAUAUUUAUUUUUCUUGAGAAAAGAGAAGGGGAAUUAUUUUUGUGGUUAACCUGUAAACACUUGUAGAAUAAAUUAUGAAUAGAAUAAAUCAUGCAGACCGCUGCAGUUUCCUCCCUAGUUUGAGAAUUACUGUUUGUGGUUUUAUUAUGAAAACAUGAUAGAAGUACGUGCUGAGAGAUGAGUGGAGAAAAUAUAAUGUGGUGAGUGUAAAUUUGUACAUUAAAAUGUCUUCCUUUUAAA